CCAUCUCGCCGUGAGACAGCAAGAGAAGUCCGCGAUGCUGUCUUCCGCUGCCACCUCCUGGGGGCCCGACCGAGAGUUGGGGAUGGAGUCGCACCUCGCCGCGGGCCCUAUACAGUGGCGCUUCUCGCCCUACGCCUUCAACGGAGGUACUGUAUUGGCAAUUGCUGGAGAAGAUUUUUCAAUUGUUGCUUCUGAUACUCGAUUGAGUGAAGGGUAUUCAAUUCACACCCGAGACAGUCCCAAAUGUUACAAAUUAACAGACAAAACAGUCAUUGGAUGCAGUGGUUUUCAUGGAGACUGUCUUACCCUGACAAAGAUUAUUGAAGCAAGGCUAAAGAUGUACAAGCAUUCUAAUAACAAGGCCAUGACGACUGGGGCAAUUGCUGCAAUGCUGUCCACCAUCCUAUACUCAAGACGCUUUUUUCCAUACUAUGUUUACAACAUCAUCGGGGGACUCGAUGAAGAAGGGAAGGGAGCUGUAUACAGCUUUGACCCAGUGGGCUCCUACCAAAGAGACUCCUUCAAGGCUGGAGGCUCAGCAAGUGCCAUGUUGCAGCCCCUGCUUGAUAACCAGGUUGGUUUCAAGAACAUGCAAAACGUGGAACAUGUCCCACUGUCUUUGGACAGAGCCAUGCGACUGGUAAAAGACGUCUUCAUUUCUGCAGCCGAGAGGGACGUGUACACUGGGGAUGCCCUCAGAAUCUGCAUUGUGACCAAAGAGGGCAUCAGGGAGGAGACCGUACCCCUGAGGAAGGACUGAUACGUGGACCUUACCUUAGAGCUAUUAGACGAAUUUGUUUUAUUAAAAAAGAAU